AUGCUUGACCGGUUACCGCCGGAAAUCGCAGAGUCCAUUUGUCGAUGGCUCGACGCAAAGUCUGUGGUCAGGUUAUCUCAGGUCUCCCAGCGAUGGAACGACAUAAUCAAAAGGUCCUCCGCUGUUCAGUAUGCCAUCGAGCUAGAGCUUUCUGGUCUCUGUAAUGUCGACAACUCUUCUUUUUCACCAGCCUCUGUCGCCCGUCUUGCGGCGCUUAUGGCCUACCGCAACAGUUGGGAUCGCUUUAAUCCAAAGAAACACGCGCAAGUCACUCCCGCUGCUCUCGGUGGCAAUUAUUGGGAGCUUUCGUGCAAUGUUUUUGCGACAUACGACUCUGAUCGUGGCUUCACCUUCCAACGCAUACCUUGCGCCUUGAGAAACAUCGUACCAGAGCGUUGGGACCUUCCGGUCUUUUCUGGAGAUAUUGCCGAUUUCACCAUGGACUAUUCGCAGGAUCUUUUGGUCGUGCUUGAAGUCGGCGCGUCAAUGUGCAUGGUGGUUCAUCUUCUUUCUAUGAAGACUGGUCAGCCCCAUUCGUCUGCUCGUCUUCCUCGUCUUUCCCGCGAUGUCGAAAAACCGACGGCAACUGCGUUCAGUUCCUUUCAAAUGCGCAUAUUCGGCAGCUAUGUCGGGGUCAUGGCAGACAUUGGGGCCGACUAUACCGAGAUUGAGCUUAUGGUGUGGGAAUGGAGAAAUGGAUCCCUGAAAAAGCAUAUCUAUAGUCCGGCACUGACUUCCUUUGCGUUCCUGGACAAUGAAAGAAUCAUCAUCUCGACAUUCCUCGAGGACGACUAUAUGAAAACUUUGGUGCCGCAGCUCCAGGUUUUGGAAAUAGCUGGGUAUAUGAAUGAUAUGGACGGUAGCUUGACUCUAUGCCUUCCGUCCGUUGACCGAGCCGAUGUCCAUGACGUGGAAAUGCUGAUUAUAACGGAGCCUGCUCCUUCAUGGCCGGUUGGAACGAUUCACGAGGCUCCCUUUGUUGCAACACAUGACGACCGUCUGUUUGUCGUUUCUUUGCAAGGGUUUGAAGAAGGAGAGGAGGACGAAGACGAUCUUGCAGAUCCCACUUUCUUGCUUUGUAUUCCUUUGUCCGUAAUCCUCGGCUUCCUUCGCAGCCAAUACGGCGACCCAUGUUUCCUAUGGUCCGACUGGGGUCCGCCCUUUACCCGGAUGAUACGCUUACUCCGGUCUCCUGAGCCAUGGUCUUGCUUUGUCUAUGGUUCACGCUGUGUCAUUCAAAUUUCCCCCGACGAGUGCCAGAUGCUGGAUUUCAAGAAGGUCUAUCCGCUCUCUGACAAUCGUAUCACCCAUGACAAGAAAAUCGACCAAAACGGUCGACUUUUCGUUGAGCCUGUGCUCACCUCCGGACCUUUCAGCUUGCGAAAAUUCCCCAUCCCGGCCUCCAAUGCCGUUAUGAUGACAGAGGACAGCAUUCUCACUGUUUCGGUGAGUUUCUUGUCGCCAGUGUUGCCCCUCAAUGAACCAAUUUUCUUUUUUAGCCUGACGAAGAAAGAUGUACCAUAUUCUCUGUCAAGUAAUAGCGUGUUUUUAGAUAGAGAGCUUCUUGAUGUCGGCAUCGGUGUCUCCAGAACUGCUCACGGUGUUCCAUGCUCCUUGCCUCCGUCCUUUAUUAUCUCCUCACCGCUCGUUUCUUCCCUCCUGCUUAAAUCUCCCUCUUGCGCUGCAUACUUCCUUAUCCCAAUGUCACCUAAUAAGCGGAGGAUCGCCGUUCUUGGCUCUCGCUCAGUCGGUCAGCUUCCCCGACACUCUCCAGCACUCGCUCUUGCUUACUUCGGGCCAGGGAAAUCGUCCUUAAUAAUACAAUUCUGCCAGAACGAAUUCGUUGACUCCUAUUAUCCAACUAUCGAGUCCACCUUUGCGAAAACAGUCAAUUUCAAGAACAACGAGUACGACUGCGACAUCAUCGACACCGCUGGCCAGGAUGAAUUUUCGCUGCUCAACUCCAAGCAUGCUAUUGGAGUCCAUGGUUAUGUCCUCGUGUAUUCCGUCAACUCCAGAAAUUCGUUCGAAAUGAUUCAAAUCAUCUACGACAAGAUCAUUAGCUUCUGCGGCGUCACCAGCGUCCCAUGCGUCAUUGUUGGAUCCAAGACCGACCUUGUUGCGAGGUUUUUACUCUCUUUUGUGUUGAGUUUACUAAACUCAUCUCACGGUCGUCGCAGUCGUCAGGUUGCUAUCACAGAGGGACAACAACUCGCAGACAGUAAUCACACUGCUUUCGUAGAAACGAGUGCGAAGGAGAACAAGAACGUGGUCAAAGUCUUCGAGGACUGCUUAGAAGAGAUCGAGAAACGAGUUCCCAACAACCAGGCUGAGCCUCCAGCAAACAGGUGUCUCAUUAUGUAA